AUUUACCAUGUGGAAAGAUAAAAUUUUGCAUACUUACUAAUGUAAAGACAUACGGACGAGCCGAAGUUAAGACGGGCUGCAAACAUCGUAGGGAUGAGGUGGAUUUUUGUAGCUGUCGCUCUCUUCGGAGCUUUCGCAGCUUCUGAGGACAUAGAUACGGAAGACUUUCAGUGCCACAUAUUAUACGAAUACGAUGCUUCUACGAAAGGAACACUCUCGAGCCCGUUCUACGGAAAGAGGCCCGUCUACCAUAAUGGGUUAUGGUGCGAAUCCAGAAUAAGAGCACCAGAAGGCUACAGAAUUAAGCUCACUUUCAAGGACUUCGACAUCGAUCCUUCUAGUGGCUGUGUUCAAGAUAAGCUGAUAGUAUACGGCAAGGAUAAGGAGAGUGUUUUGGCUAUGCUCUGCGGAUCUCAGUUGCCUCGACCUAUCCUUUCCAAUGAAGGAGAGAACGAAGUUCGAUUUUUAUUCCAGACUGACUACAUGAGGGGAGGAAGAGGUUUCCUUAUAGAAUACGAAAGCUCGCCUUACAUGAAACUCUGUGAUUCCGGCUAUUCUGAAUGUAAAAACCGCAACUGUUACGAUCCCAGAAAGAAAUGCGACGGAGUGGAUGAUUGUGGAGAUGGAACUGACGAGGAAGAUUGUGGUAAGUUGAAAAUAGCCCCUCUUAUUCGUAGUUCAUAAUAAUAACUAAAUCAA